AUGACAGCUAUCCUCACAACCGCUAGACUGGUCUUCAAGGACUCAGCUGCCCGACAAAAGGCCAUUGACGCAUUCCACAAGAUCAUCGAGUUCACCGCACCACACGAACCGGAGGUUUUGCAAUAUGUUUGCGCGUUACCGGUGGAUGACAGUUCGCGGACUGAGAUAUACAUGAUUGAGGAAUACGCAAACCAAGCAGCAAGUGAUGCGCACCUGACUACCAAGCCUGUACAAGGUCUUAUUCACCUGUUCACUACCGGAGACGUCCUCGCUCAGCCACCAGAAGUCCACAACUGCCCGAUUAUCACCAAGAAAACAUCAUCACCAGUACCGAUCUCAUCAAAUCCGGCCAUCGUUCUCAUGAACAUUCCCUCCAAACCGGACGCAUCCGCCACCCAAGAGGCCGAAAAGUGGAGCGAGCUGUCGCAGAUCGUGAUGAAGAGUGUGAAAGGCGUAAACUCAUUCACAGUCGUCGCAGACCGAGAAGCAAAAAGUACACGUGUGGAAUGCGUACUACAGAGUUGGGAUUCGUUUGCCGCAUACCAAGAGUUCAUGGUUGAUGGCCGGAGAGAUGGGGCGGAUUUGGUGAAGAUCAGGCCGAUUGAUGGCUUUACUGGACGUGAUAGUUCGAGCAAGUUGUGA